UUCGCACGCGAUUUCACAACAAUCUCGUCCGUGGAAGGACACGUUGAAAUUCCUGUGUAUUGUUCAGAAAUUAUUGCUUCCAAAAUGUCUAACGCGACCAGUUUUACGUGCUUGAAUUGCAGCGUCCGUUUCCAGAAUGCGGAAAUGCAACGGGAGCACUACAAAACCGACUGGCAUCGGUACAAUCUGAAACGCAAGAUCGCAGAGCUGCCUCCGGUGAGUAUCGAGGAGUUCGAGAAACGCGUGAGCGAGCAGAAGAACGCAGAUGCUGUUAGCCAGGAAGAUCAGUCCCUAUACUGUAAGGCUUGCAAGAAGCUAUUCAAAUCGAAGAAUGCUCACGAUAACCAUCUGGACAGUAAGAAGCAUAAGGACAACCUGAAGGAGUUCCUAGAACAGAAAGGAGACGCUGAACAAGAAGAAAUUUCGGUAAAGUCUACUAAACCGAAGAAGGAGUUCAUCAUUGAGGAUCAAGCCAUGGACGAGGAUGCCGAAGGGGAAGACGACGGAUGGGAAGAGGACUGGGAAAAUCCGAUUGAAAAUAACGAUUGCUUGUUUUGCAACCAUCACAGUGAUGAUUUGAUCCAGAGCAUCAAACACAUGAGUGUGACGCAUUCGUUCUUCAUUCCGGACGCAGAGUACUGCAUAGAUGUCGAGGGGAUAUUGGGAUAUCUGGCCGAAAAGAUUUGCAGGGACUUUAUCUGUAUCUGGUGCAACGAGAAGGGUAGAACCUUCUACUCGUUGGACGCCGUGAGGAAUCAUAUGGUGGAGAAAGGGCAUUGCAAGAUGCUACAUGAAGGUGCUGCUUUGGCGGAAUACGUUGACUUUUACGAUUAUAGUACAAGUUAUCCGGAUCAUAACAACGAAAUGGACAUUGACGAGGAUCUUGAGCCACCUCAGAUUUUGGACGGUGAUGACUUCCAGAUGGUGUUGCCAUCGGGAGCUGUCAUCGGCCACCGUUCCCUGCUGCGGUACUACAAGCAACGAAUCAAUCCGAACCGAGCCGUUGUGGUGAAAAAAUCGACCCAACGGUUGCACAAAGUGCUGGCUGAGUACCGUGCGUUGGGAUGGACCUCGACGCAGCAGGAGGCAGCCGCCCGUAACGCUCGGGAUAUGCAUGUGAUGAAGCGGCAAAAGGCCAAGCUGAUGCAGCAAGUCGGAGUGAAGGCCAACAAGCUGCAGAAACACUUCCGGUGUCAGAUCAACUUCUAAAUGUGUAUCGGUUAUGAAAAUGGUUCAAUAAAUAUUUCCACUUUAAUC